AUGCGCCCAGCUGCGGCUGGCCCAAAGGCUGCCCCAGUCCAGGCAAAGGUGCGGCCCGUCACUGGCAAAAUUCGUGCUGUGCGCCGCACCUCCAGGAAUGUUGGUGCUUUAGCUGCAGUAGAUUCGGUGAAACCGAAGGCCACGAGCCCUGCUGCUGUUGGUGUCAAAAUGCCAUCGCAGAUCGGUCCGGGGCGAGCGGAGAAGGGUGUCCGUCAGGCAGAAGAGUACAACUUGCAUAAGAAUAAGCAUACGACCCCAGAACCCAAGGCAAAUUCUGUUCCAGAAGUCUCUAGUAUGCAUUCUGAGAGCUCUGUUCGGGCAGUAGAAACCGAAGACUUUUUGAUACGACUAGCUUUGGAGGAUUGCAUGGCGUGUGUGGACUCUCUUCGAAGCAUGAUGGUGGGUUUCUUUCAGUAUUUGAAUGGUGAAGGGAAACCUUCGGAGGGUAGACGCCCAGUAGAGAGAGUGCGUGUAGACCCAUUUAAGUUGAGCAAGCGUCCUCUCCUUGGCAUUUCCGAAGAUCUUUCGGCGCAGCUGAACCAAUUAACAGAUGGGUGCGAAGCCAUUUUUAAGCGAGCCAAUUCUGCCACUCGUGCCGGUGGUGAGAUGAGGGAAGAGAAGGACAACGGUGGUCCACCGCUUGCAGAGGAUACCUUCGGUCGCUGUGCGGAAACACAAUAUUCUCAUUGCAGCACGUUUGGUGACAUGGUUGUGGAGGAGAAGACACCCACCCGACAACGAUUCUCUACGAGCACCUUCGGAAACCUUGUCUCGACGCACGACGCUUCGACGACUAUCACGAGCACAGAGUAUUCAGAAAACCCUGAGCCCCGAAGCAAGAGGAUCAUGCAUAUGCAAGGUGGUAAAGGCCGAGAUACAGCACAUGAUAAGUGGACCAAUACGCCCACACCCUCUGUGGCACAUCGUUCAACCCAAACGCUGGCGAGCUGUGACAAAGCGGAUCCUCUAUAUAUUAAUUCCCCCGAAGUUAUCCCUCUGAAAAAGAAUGGGGAACGAAAAAAAAAGUAG